CUCCAAACUGUGCCCGCCAAGACCCGCCUCUCAAGAUCCUCUCACGCUCGAAGCGGCCCGGAAAGAGAUGCCAGGGCAUCGGGCUCAGCUCAGAAACCCUGUCUCUUUCGUAUACGCAGCGGUACGAAGGUAGAUCGGCAAUCCAGCCCUCACCACCUGCACGCCGUUUGAACCACCACUGUACGAACUAAAACAUGCCGGGUAAAAAGGGCAGGGGCAAUAAUACUGUGAAGGGCAAAGAUACGACCAAUGUGGGACCUACAGGCGCUCCAGCUGCUCUGCCCGCUUCCCAGGCCAAGACCCAAACUCCUGCACCCGCUGCGACUGCGACUGCGACUGCGACUGCGACGUCCGCGAACCGUCAAGCAAUGCAGAAUCAGAAUCCGGCGGAGGAUUUCUGGACGAAGAACUCCCAUGCCAAAGCGCUGAUCAUGUCCACCCUCGUCCCUGGCACGGAACCCUACAAGAUAGCCGAGUCACACGAGCUGGCCACAGAUAUAUGGAAAGAGUUGCAAGCGAAAUACGCCCCAGCCAACAAGUUUCUGGGCUCUAGAAAGGACCAAAUUGCUGCCGACAGCCUGCAAGCUUCCAGGGAUUUUAUAGGAGAUUGGGUUGAGGGCAGGCCGUUGGACAAAUACAUCGACAUGUAUCACAGGGACAUGGCCAGGGCGAAUGACCAAAAGAAACCGCAGACCGCCACUGGGCAUACUCAGCAGAAUCGGACAGCUCCAUCAGCUCAAUCAGCUUCACCCGUCGACGGACAUGGACAUGAAGAUGCACAGGCCGGGGCCAAGCAGGAAGAACACGGAUUGUCCGCGUCAGUGAAACCGUCUCAGCAGCCUCAGCCUUCAACGACCGCACCGAGAGAUCCAGCAGCUCUUUGGAAACCAUCUCCAGUCAAACAUGACACUUACCUGAGCGAAUACCAGGCCCUUGCCUUUGCAGGUGGCGACGUGCAACGUAAACGUCAGAUACAGCUAGCAGCCACCAAGGUUCUGAUGCAGAAGCUGCCGACUCGUGAUCUCCGAUUUCUCUGGGCUGUGAUGUACGGUGGUGACAAUACGCCAUGGCCCGGUUCCCUCUCGGUGGUCAUUCCAGGAGUGACGACGGGCACACGUCGAUUCGAAGAGGGAAAUGGCUGAGCCGAAGUUCCGAUAUAAAGAUAUUGUCUCCAGUCAGAGCCACAAACGCUCAAAUCCACCAGCGUAUCAACACAGUCGCAUGCUAUAUCACAGAAUCCGAUGGUGUUUGCAUCUUCACACCCGCAUUGUCAACGAGUCGCUUUACGCCAAAAACCCCAAUAUCAGCAGAAAGAUCACCGAAAGCAGGCUUGCUCCCGGCCUAGUCAGCGACGCAGCAGCAGUAUUCUUCUCACGGAUAUAGGUGACAUUCUGCGCCAGCGCGACAAUAUCUCUGGUGGCAUGUCCCGUUUGCGCAAGUUGUCGGAGCUGGUCACCAAACGUGCCAAGGAUAUUUGUACUUCGUCCUGACGGACAAAAGACGACUUCGAAUCCUCCACCUUGCGGGAUGAUGAAAGUGCUCGUUUGGUCGUCGUAGGCAUAGCUGUACGCAUCUGGGCACAAUUUCUUUGCUUGCGUCGAAUAGUCACUUGGUGAGCAGGUGGCAGGAGUGUUGUGGCUGCCCGUGCAGCAAUACUGAUCCUUAUUCCAUUUUGCACAGGCACUGAGACAAGGGUUGAAAAUGGGCCGUUGGAUGUUGUCGUCCGGGUAGGGAUAUACCCCGUCACCCGGCUUUUGAGGCGGGUUCAAUUGUAGGGGCCACGGACACCAGCUUUGCACAAAUGACGAUGUAACUGAUUGGUCCAGUGGAAGAGGGAACGUCGAGUUGGAGCCGAAGUCGGCGUCAGAAGUGCUGCCAACGGGUGCCAGGAGAGACGAGGUCCCGAUACACACUGGGUUCGUCAGAUUGGGCGGGAUGUCUUGGAGCGUGGUGUUGCCGCUCUGAGCCAGCAAGGAGAUGAUGCCUAUAGGAAGGUUAUAGCCGUCGACCAGGGAAAUAUCGUAGAAGGCCUGAUAGGUAUCGGAUGAGAGGGUGAAUUCAGCCAGCGUUGCUGGAGCUUGGCCCUGCGGAUUGAUUCAUGGAUAAGCAUAGGUCUCAAAUUUUUCUGCUUUCAGACGUUCAAA